GGAGCCGCGGUGGGUUCCGAGCAAGCUCUGCCGCUGGGUGGGUCGGGGGGCGUUCGGCGCGCCCUUCAUUGGAGCGGCGGUGGCCGGGCUGGGCGCCGGGAGUGGGAGACGACGGCGUGGCUGGAAAAUGCCAGUCCAUUCCCGAGGGGAUAAGAAGGAGACGAACCACCACGAUGAGAUGGAGGUGGACUACGCCGAAAACGAGGGCAGCAGCUCGGAGGACGAGGACACGGAGAGCUCGUCCGUCUCCGAGGAUGGCGACAGCUCAGAAAUGGAUGAUGAAGAUUGUGAAAGGAGAAGAAUGGAAUGUUUAGAUGAAAUGUCUAACCUUGAAAAACAGUUCACCGAUCUCAAAGAUCAACUUUACAAAGAACGAUUAAGUCAGGUGGAUGCAAAACUACAAGAAGUGAUAGCUGGAAAAGCACCAGAAUAUUUGGAACCACUGGCAACUUUACAAGAAAAUAUGCAAAUUCGUACAAAGGUAGCAGGAAUCUAUAGAGAGCUCUGCUUAGAAUCUGUAAAGAACAAAUAUGAAUGUGAAAUACAAGCUUCUCGCCAGCACUGUGAGAGUGAAAAACUUUUGCUGUAUGAUACAGUUCAGAGUGAACUGGAGGAGAAGAUAAGAAGGCUUGAAGAGGAUAGGCACAGCAUUGAUAUCACCUCAGAACUGUGGAAUGAUGAGCUUCAGUCAAGAAAGAAAAGGAAGGAUCCUUUCAGUCCUGACAAAAAGAAGCCAGUCGUUGUUUCCGGUCCAUAUAUAGUGUAUAUGCUACAGGAUCUUGAUAUUCUUGAAGACUGGACAACAAUUAGGAAGGCGAUGGCUACGUUGGGUCCACACAGAGUGAAAACAGAACUCUUUGAACUGAUCCCUUUAGCCCCCGUGAAACUGGAGAAACAUCUGCACAGUGCCAGAUCCGAAGAGGGAAGAUUAUAUUAUGAUGGUGAAUGGUAUAUACGUGGACAAACGAUAUGUAUUGAUAAAAAAGAUGAAUGUCCAACAAGUGCCAUAAUUACAACAAUUAACCAUGAUGAAGUUUGGCUUAAGAGGCCUGAUGGAAGCAAGUCUAAGCUUUACAUUUCACAACUACAGAAAGGGAAAUACUCCAUUAAACAUUCAUAAUCUUGAUUUAAGUGUUAUCUAAACCUACCUUAUUAGUGUUACCAAGUGUGAUGUGCCAUGGAGUUAAAAAUGUAUUUGAUAACUGAAUGCUCUCAUUGAAUCAUGAGAAACUGUAUUUGUAGGUAAUACUCUAAGUAGAUCUCACUGACAUGCUGUUAAGAGAGAUGGUAAAAAUUUAAUCAGGAUUAUGCAUUUAUUUGCCUUUUAGGUCCAAUGACCUAAGAAUAUAUGGUAGGGGUUUCUUAUAUACUUUUUUGUUUUUUAAAAACGUGAUGCAAAUCCAUUUUAUCCUUAGUGAACUAUGUUGUUCAAUAAAUGCAUUAUCUGCUUUUUUUAUCCUGUCUUUGUCACUCAUCAUAUAUUUGUAAAUAAGCCUGAUACAAUGUUUCUUACACAUGAUUUGUACUACUAGUCCAUUGUUGCUAAAUCAGAAUUGAAAUUUCACCAUAUCUAUGUGAGUGUAUAUAAAGGCAUCAGCUUAUUCUGAACUGAUGGCCUUAUUUUACAAUCUUGUUUUAACCAAAAUUAAGCUAUUGAGUCUGAAAGCUAAAAGGAGCACUUUUGUAGACUAGCUGCUUUCCUUUUUCUCUUCCAUGAUUAUAUCGUGGUGACUGAUUUUUUUUACACAAAUUAUGCGCAAUGUUAAUUAGCAAAAUCAGUGUCAAGUAGUAACAUAUUUUUACUUUAUUUCUUAUGGAUCUUUAGAGGACAGGUAUUUAUUCCUGGCAUUUAUGAUGCUGUAAGUGAAUGGUGACAGUAACUGACAGUAUUUGUGGUACUUGCUGUACAUGUCCGACCUUGGGAAACAGAUUUUUAGUAAGCAUUUUCCAGAUGUCAAACUAGAUUCUUACCCUAAUUUCCAGGACAAAAUGUACAGGAAUAAUUUCCUUGAAUCUAUAUACUAUCUCCAAAUUAGUGUUUUUAAUCCUGGUGUUUCUUCAUUUUAAGGCUACUUGGUGCAAUUCAGUAAGUCUUGGCCCCUCUUCCCCAGCCCUAUUCAGAAUUAACUAUGAAAACCUCAGGAACCAUACAAAGAAUUGAAGCCCUUGAAACGGCAACCCAGUUGGCUAUGGUCUGUAUUAGGGUACAACCAAAUCAAGUAUUCCUGGUGGUCUUGUGCACUUUAACUUCUGUUAUGAGGAGACUUCAGAGGGUGACAUCCAUGGCAGGACUAUCUGCCUUAUUCUGUUUGUUUUCUCAAUAUUUUCACCUCUGCAAACAUCUUCCUGUGCAGAUCACUCACUACUCCUUAGUUGCCAAAUGUUAAAAUGUUUGACUUCUGAAAUUCAUUAUCAGCAAAGUACAUACUUUGUUCUGUUUCUGAUUAGCUUUAGCGAAUGUACAUAAUGUCAUAACCUGAUAGUAUCUGACAGUACCUAUGUAUACAAUGUUUCAUAAACAUUUUUAAUAAGAUUUGUAUUUUUAAAUUUAGUAUAUAAUAAAGAGAUGUGUUUGAGUGUC